CAUCUUUCAUCUCCCGCAAGCAAGCAAGCAGACAAAAGACAAAGCAAAUCCCACCCAUUCACCAUUUAAUUAUUUUGUCUUUUUUAUUUCCCUAAAUUAUCGUUAAUUGAUUUCCGAUAGUCCCAAACUUAUCAAACUUACCAGUGUUAUCGGCCUUAUCGAAGAUGAGUUAUUAUAAGAAACGGCCCUCUUCUACGACCUCGUCCCCUGGAAAGUUAGGAAUUCCAGCAGCCGUCAUCAUUGGCGAUGUCGCGGAACGUUUAGAACUUCGUCAGCGAAUGAACGAUAAGGCACUCGAGGAGGAAAAAGCUCUCGAUAAGGAGCUCGCCCAGUGGAACGAUGUCGACAAACGGGUCUACAUGGAUAAAAAGGUGAAACUCAGCCGCACUCUGGCCCAGUUUGAAGAGGAGGAUAAGAAGUCCGUCGUGACUCCUCCUGUCGCCAAACUGAAGGAAAAUAGAGUCGUCGCCAAGAAGGAAGAGGUGUUCCUUGCCGCCAAGCAAGAGAGACCCGACACACCUGAAAUUGAAGUCGGUUUUGAACUGGGUGCGAACUACGAGGAACGAUUCCGUGCCAAGCUGUCCUUGAAGGAAGAAGCUGACCGCCGGCAGAUCGAGGAGGACGCGAAAGUUCGCCAAUACUUUGAUCAAUGUCGUCAAGAAAGGACUCAACUGGUGGAGGAGGAGGUAGUGGUGGUGGCCGAGGAGGACGAUCCUGACAAGGAAGCUCGCGACAAAAUUAUCCAAGAAUUUAAUCUCGGAUCAAUUUUUGAAUUCUUACGGAAACAAAGAGCCAAAAAGGCACAAGGGGAGAAGAAAUUAAAAGAAGAUUAUCACUAUAAGAAAGAAAUGGAACUUGAAAAGAAAGAAGAAAUGAUCGAGGAUGCCAAGCUGGGCGAAUAUUUGGAGCAAUGUCGUAAAGAGAGGUUGCAGCUGAUGGAAGAAAUUCGGGUAGAAGAAGAGCGCUUAAAGAUGGAGGAAGACCGCUUGAAGAUGGAGCAAGCUCGAGAACAUGAGGCGCGCUUGAAGAAAGAAUUGGCUCGCGAAAUAGAAGAUCGCAUGAUGAAGGAGACGCUGGCUUUCGAACGAGAAGAGCGCUUGAAGAUGGAAGAACUAGCUCGCGAGAACGAGGCGCGCGUUCAGAGGGAGGAGGCUCGCCAAAGAGAAGAGCGCUUGAAGAAGGAAGAACUGGCUCGCGAGAACGAGGCACGCUUGAAGCAGCAGGAGGCUCGUGAAAGAGAAGAGCGCUUGAAGAGAGAAGAACUAGCCCGCGAAAACGAGGCGCGCUUGAAGCCACAGGAGGCUCGUGAAAGAGAAGAGCGCUUCAAGAAAGCUCGUGACGAACAGGAGGAGCGAGCAAUGGAGGCUAGCGCUAUGGAACAGGUGCGCUACGGCAAUGCCAAGGUCGAAAGUUGGCGAGAAAGGAACAAUCGCUCUCCCCCGUGUCCUCAUAAUGAUACCAUUGUUCCCAUUCUCGCCGAGGGACAAUGUGGCUGCCGAGAGGCACGAGAGCUGCGAAGAGUUCACGCUCUCGUAUUUUCGCAAGCUCUCGACUUCGCCGUUCAGCAGGAGGUUGACUACGAUAACCGAUUGUAAAUCCGAUCCGAAGACGACGACGACCUUUUUUCUCAUUUUCCGGUUAAAUAAGUAUGAAUUAAAAAAAAACGUAGGCUGACUCGUAGUUUAACAUUUUGUUGUUUCUUUAUUACAAUUUAUUAAAGGAAUCUCUUAUUUCAAUUCAAUAAUAA